UUUCCAAUUAACACAUAGGGGACAAAGUUAUUUGCUAAAACAUUACCCGUUCUCAACUUGUGGCCAUGGCUUCCCUCCUCCCAGCUCACCCUCUUCCACUUCAUCAUCCUACCGCUUCUGCACUAGCUGCCGUUCCAACCGUCUGCUUCCGUCAACCAUCCUCCUUCAACCCGCCUCUCUCCUCCAUCCACCGGACUAAGGCGGGCUUUUCAUCCUCUCAACAUGAAUUAGCUUCUCCUGCUGAUUUUGAAUUUGAGGCCCCUCUUCAAGUAUUGAAAUAUCCCGACCCAAAACUGAGGACAAAGAAUAAACGCAUUGCUACCUUUGAUGAUAGUACAAAGAAACUUGUCCAUGAAAUGUUCGAUGUAAUGUACAAAACUGAUGGUAUUGGUCUGUCGGCACCCCAAGUAGGGGUUAAUGUUCAACUUAUGGUUUUCAACCCGGUAGGUGAACAUGGUGAAGGAGAAGAAAUAGUUCUUAUAAAUCCAAAAGUUAGGAAAUACUCAAUGAACCAAACACUAUUUACUGAGGGUUGUCUAUCUUUCCCCGGCAUUAAUGCUGAUGUAAAGCGACCAGAAUCUGUAAAGGUUGAUGCACGUGAUGUCAAUGGUUUACGGUUUUCAAUCAGUUUGUCUGGCCUUCCAGCUCGAAUAUUCCAACAUGAAUUUGACCAUCUCCUGGGAAUCCUUUUCUUUGAGAGAAUGACAGACGGAGUUCUUGAUAGUAUUCGAGCACAGUUACAGGCCCUUGAAAUGAAGUAUGAGGAAGUGACUGGAUUCCCAAGUCCUGAAAAGAUAGAAAGUCGCAGGAGAAGAAAGGUUGCUACUGGUUUCGGGAAAUCACAACCUUUAAGAUAACGUCAACGUUAGGUUCAUAAUAUGCCAGAAUUUCAAGUUUUAGACUGAGUUCAUUCAGUAAAACCAUAGAUUGUCACAAAUGCUGCAUAUAAUUGGAUAUGUAUCAUAUAUGGAAGAUAGAUAUAGAUGUAGAAAAUUGAAAGGUCUCAUUCAUCUAUGGGUGGACUAUCUAAUUGCUUCUAUAGGUCUCAUUCAUCUAUAUAAGAAAAGAAAAGAAAUGUUGAUAUGUGAUUUUGAUAGUGGGUUUUAGGAAGAUGUGAUAACUUGAGAACUAAGGAAAUAUGGAAGAACUAUUUCUAUGCUUAAUGAGGGCAAGGAACAAGAUAGGACACUA